AUGGCUGCUGCGUACCCUCCCCUGGCCGACCGGCCCCUCAAGAACACCAUCUGCCUCUUUGAUGUCGACGGGCCUCUGACCCUGGCCAGACAGCACAUCACCCCGGAGCUGGCCAACCUGCUCGUCCGCCUGCGCCAGCAGUGCGCCAUCGGCUUCGUCGGCGGCUCCGACCUGAGCAAGCAGCAGGAGCAGCUCGGCGCGCCGGACGUCAACGUCACGACCCUCUUCGACUACUGCUUCUCGGAGAACGGGCUGACGGCGUUCAAGAACGGCGAGCCCCUGCCCUCCAACUCGUUCAUCAAGUGGGUCGGCGAGGACCAGUACAAGGAGCUCGUCAACUUUGUGCUGCACUACGUCGCCGACCUCGACAUCCCCGUCAAGCGCGGCACCUUUGUCGAGUUCCGCACCGGCAUGAUCAACAUCAGCCCCAUCGGCCGCAACGCCUCCCUCGCCGAGCGCGACGAGUUCGAGGCCUACGACAAGGUCCACAAGGUCCGCGCCGCCUUUGUGAGCAAGCUCAAGGAGCGCUUCGGACACCUCGGCCUGACCUUCUCCAUCGGCGGCCAGAUCUCCUUCGACGUCUUCCCCCAGGGCUGGGACAAGACGUACUGCCUCAACCACCUCGAGAGCGAGGCCAAGAAGCAGGGCGGCAUCGCCUACACCACCAUCCACUUCUUCGGCGACAAGACCUUCGAGGGCGGCAACGACUACGAGAUCUUCUCGGACCCGCGCACCAUCGGCCACACCGUCCGGAACCCCGACGACACCAUGGCUCAGCUCAAGGAGAUCUUCAACCUGUAG